CUAAAACUCGUUAAUAAUAUCGCACAACUGAGGGGGGGAAGGGGAGGAAACUGCAGGUGCUUUAUUCUUCGGCUCCAGCGGGCGGCGGCGGCGGAGCUAGGGCACGCACCGUCGUUGCAAUGCAGGCAGAUCCCAAUCCCAUGAAGCGAAAGAGAAAACCCAUAAAGAGCAAAAAUCCGAAGAAGAAGAAGACGACGACGAAGCCCUCGGGGGCCAUGGCGGCGGUGGCGGAGGCGAAGCGGAGGAAACCUAGCAAGAGGAUGCUCAAACUUUUUAAGAAGAGGGCCCAAAACUACCACUCCGACUCUGACGACGACGAUGAAGAAGAAGUUGUCGAGGAAGGGAGAAGAGGAGAAGCGACGCCUAGUGAUGGGAAUGAUGAGGAUGGGUCGGCGGAUUCCGAGAGAGGAGGAGGCUCCGAAGGCGACGACGAGGGUGAUGGCGAAGGAGGACAUCGUGGCGGGAUCACGAGGUUUGAUGAAGGGUGUAGGGCGUUUAGGGUUGCUUUCUCGAAGAUUAUGAAGAGGAAGCUCCCCAAUGAUGCACUGGGUCCUAUGUUAUCGGCGCACAAGAAGCUGGUGGUGGAGAAGCUGGUGGAGGAAGAAGCAGAGCACAAGGCAAAAGGGGAGGCGAAGAAGGAGAAGAUUUUGCAGGCAUUGGAAAAGGGGCAUGUAAAGCUUGCAAAUUUCUUGGAUGCAAAGGAGAAGUCUCUUAUUAAGAUUGCAACAAAAGGAGUUGUAAGGCUAUUUAAUGAGGUUAGCAAGGCACAAAUUUCUCAGAGAGGUUUAAAUCCUUCAAGAACAAAAGUUGCAAAAGAGUUGGCAAAGCAAAGAAAACGGACCUUCUCACCAGAGCUAAAGAAGUCAUCAACUCAAGGUCAUGGAGACCACUUGCCAUUCAAUUCAUCCAAGCUUUCUAAUUCUGUGGAGAAAGAAAAUGAUGAUGAACUUGGGUGGGCGCCAUUACGUGAUAGUUACAUGCUUACUAGUUCCAAGUUGAAGGACUGGGACAAAAUGCCAGAUCCUGCUGCAUCAGUUGGUCAGGAUGUAUUUCCUAUGGAGAGUAGCUCCUCUGACGAGGAAUAGAAGUCCCAGAAUAAGUUCUGGUGGUAAAUCUGAUAAAGCUUUUCAAAAUGGAGCCUGAGAAAGGGUGAUGACAAUGCGAAGGAAUGAGUAGUUAAAAAGUUCCCAGUUCUAUACUUGAACACCUAGCUGGCCGAUCGAAUUUUUGCUAUGUAUAUUGGUUUUGGCUAGCUAAUUUGUUGACUACAUUUUACCUGGGAGAGGAAGUGAUAUCUCUUCAAUAUCAAUUUGUAACUUUUUCCGCUUGUCUAGCUUUCAAUUACACCAUGACAACCGCAAUAGAAAUACUUGUAUCAACCAUCAGAAACUCUCUUCUCUUCUUUUCUUUUCUUCUUCUUCUUCUUCUUGUUUCUUUGGUAUGAGCGAAUUUAUGGAAUAUGUUCUUAUUUACUUUCUGGAAAGUCACAAAGUUUUAAUGUUGUAACUUUUCUUUUGACCCUUUUGCUGUUUUUUUUUUUUUGUAUUAUGCAACUAGCGCUCGAUUCAUUCAUUAAGCAAUCUAGGCCCUGAACCUUUUUCUAAACAACUCAUCUACCAUGAUUAGUUAUUGACAUGAAGAACAUACGCAUGCCUAUUUCUCUUCUAAUAAACAGAGUUCUUAGGUGUUUGGCUAUCCUCUUUCAUUUAACAAUGUGUAAGAUUCUUCUUUAUCUGAAGGCAGAAACUUAUGACGCUAUUUAACUAUCAAUAAGGAUGUGAGUGUUAAUGGCUUUAACAGCAAAACCCACAUGAAG